AUGAGGAGCACCAGCCAUUCUCGGAUCUACGAUAAGGCAAAAUACUGGCGAGUCGUCACUCCAUCGGCUCACGUCAACCAACAGCUGCUCGGUGUGCACAAAAUAUCGAUGUCAGACCGCUCUGAAUCGCCACCGCUUGCCCUCGAUCCCGGCACCCUGUCUCUUCUAAACGAGUUCAUCACGUCUAAAACCGAGCAGGAACAACGAUUCAACGACUUUGCCGAGGCGAACCGCGUGGACUCAGACAACGCGCCAACGAAAUUCCCAUCAGUGGACGAGUAUCGGAGCACUUUCGCUGAAGAUUGGCAACUAAGUCAAUUCUGGUAUGGUAUACAACCGAUUUCGCAGAACGUUUCGCCGCUCUGGUCCACAAAUUAUGCAACCCAGACACGUCUAUUGCGUUUCUCUGUUGUCCCACCGCUUUCGUCGCCUUCCAACAUCAUAAACCUCUUGAUGGUGCUCGUCUCCUCGAGGUGGAUGGCCGAUUCGAAGCUCUGGCUCCGAAACAUUACAUUCGCUACGACAUGGAAGAGCCGCUCGCCUUACCUGAUCACCUCGCCAAUUCUUUCGACAUUGCGAUAUGCGACCCUCCCUUUAUUAACGAGGCAUUUGUCGUCUUCUGAUAUCUAUCAACAGCUUGCUCAUCCUUCACAGUAUACUAAUGAACGCGUAGUGGCAACUCUGAAGCACAUUUUACGGCCUUCAGCCAAGCUUGUUGUGCUUACUGCCACCUCUGUCGAGUCCGUUUUAGAACGACUAUAUAAUGAGCCGCCAUUGGGCCCACUGCGGCGCACGAAAAUCAAGGUGUUGCACGGACAACUCAGAAAUGACUUCGCCUGCUGGGCCAGCUGGACUGGGUCCGAAGAAUUGGAAUGUUGA